AUGGAAAAAAUAGGACAGGUCACCUUUGAAAAGAAAGUGGUUGACAGCAAAACACCCAUUAAUAUGACAUUUGUCGUAUCCGGGCCGCGAGAGAUUAAAAAAAUAAAAUGGCGUCUUAAUGAUGGACCGAUCGAUGUGGAUAUGGAUGGUCGUCCGCCUGUUCAUUAUCUCCUUAACGAAACUGACGCCAAGAUCGUGGUUACUCUUGUUUUGGAAACACCAAAACAGCACUUUCUUGGGGAAUGGACGAUGCUCUUGAAGGACACCGAUGACAAUUUAAUAAACCAAACCUGCAUGCUUUCGUCUCCUCCGCUGGUUUCUCGUUUCGAAGAGACCUUCAGAACGACCGAAGGCUAUGAGUUGAAAGCAGUGUGCCGCUCGCCUAGUCUGCCCCUACCCGCCUCUGCGCGGUGGUUCAAGGUCGACGAGUCUCUCAACUUGGUGCCCGUUCCAAGCGUGAGUCUUUCCUAUUAA